UCUCAAGCUUUUGAUCAUUCUUACAAACAACAAACUUCCCCUUUUCUACCUUGCAAGAAUUCAGGCAUCUAAAAUGGCCUACAAACUCUUCCUCGCCCUUGUCGUUACCGUCGUCGUCGUCGCAUUUCUAUCGAACAUCAUUUCUGCGCAGUCGGGUUGCACAACGACGCUGAUGGGUUUGUCGCCGUGCCUCAAUUACGUCUCCGGGAAUUCGUCGACGCCCUCGUCGACGUGCUGCUCGAAGCUCACGAAUGUAGUAAAGUCGCAGCCGCAGUGCCUUUGUCUGCUGCUGAACGGAACGGCUUCUUCUUACGGGUUUAACAUAAACCAGACGUUGGCGCUCGGUUUGCCCGAUGCUUGCAGCGUGCAGACUCCUCCGAUUAGCAAAUGCAACGCUGCUAAUGCACCGGAUGCUGCCUCGCCGGGGGCCUUACAGAACCGCCCCUCCGACUCUUCCAAGAAUCCGGCGACAGGUUCGGAUAUCCCAUCAGGCUCGAAAGCCACCCCGACUGGCGACAAAAACAACGGCAGCAUCGCUAAUGCUACACCUUGCAUAGUUCUACUACUUGUCCUGAUGACUGCAUCAUCGUACGCUGUUUCUAUCGCCGGAUUCUGAGAAUCGUCGACUGCCUGUCUCGGUCGAGACCAUUCGUUUGUUCGCCUCGUUUGUCCGAAGAUUCGAUUAUUUGUUUUUCUUUUUUCAGUUAUUUAUCUUUGUAUGAAAUGAAGAACAGCAGACUCUCCUCUGCUUUUCACCAUAUUGUUUCGACGAUAUAACAUCGAUUUCU